AUGAAUAAGUUUUUGUGGGAUUUAACGUAUUUCCAACAAAGAGCGAUUCUUACUCCAACUAAUGAAGUAGUGGGUUCAACAAAUAAAGAGUUGUUAGAGAAUCUGCCUGGUGAAGAGAAGAUUUAUUUUAGUUCAGAUAGUGUAUGUCAAUCUGAGGAAGAAUCAGAGCUUAACAUGGCAUUGUUUCCUCCUGAUGUGUUAAACAAUCUUCGUUUGUCUGGUUUACCUAACCAUAAAUUAGUAUUGAAACUUGGUGCUCCAGUGAUGUUACUCAGAAACAUUGAUCAGGCAAAUGCAUUGUGUAACGGUACACGUUUACAAGUCAUGAAACUCAGAAAAGUUGUGAUUGAAGCAAAAAUUAUCACAGGGACUAAUAUAGGUCACCAUAGUUUGAUUUCAAGAGUGAAGAUGACACCUUCUGAUAAAAGAAUACAAGUGAAGAUUUAA